UCAGCGGGACCAUAGGAGCCGCCACGCGAAGGCGAAGGACAGCAAAAUCCAGAUAAAUUAGAUUAUUGGAUUGGCUGCAAAAGAUUAUAGCGCUCUUUCCUCCAUGCUUCACAGCAAAACUACAUCCGUUUGAGCAUAUAAGCGGGAUUUCUGCUAAAUACAGUCAAAGACUGGCAGCCAUGCUGACCAGUUUUCUGGAAGGCUUGCUCUGCUGCCUCACCUCGAAAUCGGCCAACGUCGUGGUCCCUGUGGAGACUUCAGAGCCGGCCGAUGGCUACGAGUUUGUGGAGGUGAAACCAGGCCGUGUCCUGAGGGUUCGACACAUCAUCCCUGACCGGGCGGUAGUGGAGGAGCCCAGUGGGCAAGGCGGGGUGGUGAGCUGCAAGCGAAAGAUCACGGUUUACCGAAAUGGACAGCUGUUCAUCGAGAACCUGGGUGACAGGGCGAGUGCGGAAAUAAAAACCUGUCAGAAUGGAGAGACUGAACCCAACAGCACUGUAGAGGUUGAAUUGACAGACUGUAAUAAGUCUUCACCUCCUGUCAGCCUCCCCGAGUCCAGGUCGGACUCAGUCACAGCUGGAAACAACGGGGCGUCUGAAACGGCGGCAGCAGCAGGAGAGGCGCCUGCCGCCGGACAGGUCGACCAGUCACAGCAACCCAGAAAACGCAGGCGGAAACCCAAGCGCACCGUGGUGAUCGACUGUGAGAGGAAGAUAUCGACCUGCAAAGGGACUCAUGCAGACGUGGCUCUGUUCUUCAUCCACGGCGUGGGAGGCUCGCUGGACAUCUGGGGGAACCAGUUGGACUUCUUUUCACGGCUCGGCUAUGAAGUGAUCGCCCCUGACCUGGCCGGUCACGGAGCAAGCUCGGCACCACAGAUUUCUGCAGCAUAUACCUUCUAUGCUCUCGCCGAGGACAUGAGAAUCAUCUUCAAGAGAUACGCUCGGAAGAGGAAUAUCCUCAUAGGACAUUCUUAUGGUGUGUCGUUCUGUACAUUCUUGGCUCAUGAGUUUCCAGAACAGAUUCACAAGAUGGUGAUGAUUAACGGCGGUGGUCCGACAGCUCUGGAGCCGAGCCUCUGCUCCAUCUUCAACCUGCCUACCUGUGUGCUCCACUGCCUCUCACCGCUACUCGCCUGGAGCUUUCUGAAGGCCGGCUUCGCUCGACAGGGCGCCAAGGAGAAACAGCUCCUGAAAGAAAACAAUGCCUUCAACGUGUCGUCGUUUGUGUUGCGCGCCAUGAUGAGCGGGCAGUACUGGCCUGAGGGCGACGAGGUUUACCAUGCCGAGCUCACGGUUCCCGUCCUGCUGGUUCAUGGCAUGCACGACAAGUUUGUCCCCGUUGAGGAGGACCAGCGCAUGGCAGAGAUCCUCUUGAUGGCGUUCCUGAAAGUCUUGGAGGACGGAAGUCACAUGAUUAUGAUGGAGUGCCCCGAGGCAGUCAACACACUCCUGCACGAGUUCUUCCUCUGGGAACCGGUCACACUUCCGCCACCCAAGAAAGAGUCAAAAACACGCCCGGAGACUGCCAAAGCUCAAAGCAACAACGCCAAGACUUCAACUGAGCCUGCCAAGGUCCGGCCAGCCACCGCCAGACAGAACUCAUGA